ACCGGCAGGCUGACCUCGGAUGUAUCCCGUCAUGCACCGCAGAGCCUCAGAUUAUGGGCUGGCGCAGAGCGGCGCUUCGGGAAGUUGCCAAACAAAGAUGGCUGCCUGUGCUAUACGGCGGGGCUUGUGGUCUACAGUCAGCGGGUACCGGAGAAGGCAAGCGUUGCGGGUGUUAAACGUCGAUUUUAACAGCAGGCCCGAGUCGUAUAGGCAGCCGUCGCUGUGCUCUUCGUGCAGCCCCUUUGCUGCGGCCCAGGCGCGGCUCCUGUCGUCACGUAACAGACCCGAGGGCAAAGUGUUGGAGACAGUGGGAGUAUUUGAGGCACCAAAACAGCAUGGCAAAUAUGAGACAGGACAGCUUUUCCUGCACAGUGUUUUUGGUUACAGGGGAAUAGUUCUUUUUCCUUGGCACGCCCGGCUCUACGACCGUGAUGUCACGCCCCCCACCACCGAAAGCAAGUCAGAGCCUCCUGGCACUCAUGGAUCAAAGGAGGUGAAAGGGAAGACCCACACGUACUACCAAGUCCUCAUUGACACCCGGGAUUGUCCGCACAUUGUGGGUGUUCCUGAUAAAUCCCACGAUGGUACUCUCUGUUCAAAAAAGUGCAUGACCCAAAGCAAAUCAAGCGUCCCACCUUGUGAGGUCAGAAAAUACACUAAGUGGUUUAUGAAGCAUGCUUUUGGCCAUCACUACCACCGCCCUCACCCCAAGGCAUCUCAGAGAUCGCAGACGGAAGCGGUGACAUUCCUGGCAAAUCAUGAUGACAGCAGAGCCCUUUAUGCAAUUCCAGGUCUGGACUAUGUGAGUCAUGAAGACAUCCUUCCCUAUAGCUCGACCGACCAGGUCCCCAUUCAGCACGAGCUGUUUGAACGUUUCCUCAUGUUCAACCCAUCCAAAGUGCCCCCCUUCAUCCCUCGUGACACACUGCGGGCGUGGCAGGAGAAGAACCACCCCUGGCUGGAACUGUCAGAUGUGCACCGUGAAACCACAGAGAAUAUCCGGGUCACAGUCAUCCCCUUCUACAUGGGCAUGCGGGAAGCUCAGAAUUCCCACGUGUACUGGUGGCGCUACUGUAUUCGGCUGGAGAACAUGGGCAAUGAAGUGGUGCAGCUACGGGAGAGGCACUGGAGGAUAUUCAGCCUUUCGGGGACGCUGGAGACUGUCCGAGGCAGGGGGGUAGUGGGCCGGGAACCAGUGUUAUCCAAGGAACAGCCGGCGUUCCAGUACAGUAGCCAUGUCUCCCUGCAGGCGCCCAGUGGGCACAUGUGGGGUUCUUACCGCCUCGAGAGGCCCAACGGCACCUUCUUCGACAUCCGCAUCCCGCCUUUUUCGCUUGAAAGCAAGAAGGAUGAUACUCCCAACGGCUUCCUUCCAGGCCCCUUCUCUUCCCUUCCCUGAAAACCUGCCCCCCUCCCCCCACUACAUAUAAAUGACCCAAUAAGAUUUGUGAAUAAGGGAUAAUGAAUGAACCUGCACCUCUGGCAAUAACAUAAGGGAAAAUGUUCACACUGCCAGAAACCAUCAAUGCCUUCAAAAGGGCCAAAUUUUAUUAUUUUAUCGCAGCCUAAUUUGACUGCCUUCAAAUCUGAAGUAUUUGAUUUUUGAACUGUGGAGUGUUUUGUCUGAUCAGAUUCGAGACUUUUAAUGGUGCUCUGCAUUGAUAAUCUUUACAUGCUACGGCAGUGUCCAGUUCUCCAGAGGCACAGCCCAUGUUAGCACUUGUUGUAUCUGUUGUUUGAAAUCCCCAGGGAACGUUGUGUCCACCGGUUUGAUCCUCUGUCCCCAGGGAGAGGUUUCGAAGUGGCACAACGCGUAUUCUGUUGAAUGUACUCUAAAUGAAUCUGCUUUUAAAAGCCUACCUACUAUUUAGUGCAUUUAAAUAUGGAUCUGCACUCUAAACAACGUUAAAAACCCCCCCCUCAUUGUCGUCUCCUUCGCAACUAGCAGCCUGCUGAACCCUGAACGAGUCAGGUGUGACUAGGGAUGCCCCACUCCAGCCCCUUAAAUGCUGAAGUCCUGUAGGUUUAGAAUGCAGUUUUAGCACCUGUGUUAGACGUGAAGUACCAUGUGAUGUAAGUCACUAUACUAGGAGAGACAAGUAAAGAUGGAGGCCUUGGUGAAAACACACAUCGUGCAACGGGAGCAAAUGAAAUCUGUGCACCUGCAAUGAGUUUGUAUAUAUGUUAGCUGAAAUUACAGGACUUUUAUUGACUAUAUUUUUUGCUGCUAUAAUUACACAAUCCCCUCUGCCCCCACCCUGCCCGAGAACAGUAUUUAAUUUUUUUUUCAGUUGCCACCAUCUGCUUCUUUCUCCCAAAGUCUGCUCCACAGUAAGGCUUAACUGAGUUAGCCGUUGCUCUUAUGUGGGGGUAGUGGUGUGUGGGUGCUGUGGAAAACUUACUGGUUCUUCAUCAGGUGAAAUACAAUCAAUGAAUUAAUUGUUAUUGCUCACAAUUAGUGAUGGCGCUGUCCAUUCAAAAAAGGGCACAUGCCCGAAAGCAAACCAAGAGCACCCUCUAGUGGGGUCAAAAAAAUACAUCAAAUGAUUCAUGAGUCGUCAUUUUGUCUGUCACUACCUACUAUCAAUUUUGUGGUAUGCAGCCCAUAGUGAAAUUUUAGGUAUUGUUUUACAUUAACUGCAUUUUCAUGAUACAUUCAUAGAACAUUCAUAAGCAGCAUAUAAGUAUACAUAAACAUCCUAACAUACCAUAACAGCCUUAAUAUACAUCAAUAACAAAUUAUAUGAUUAUACAAUUAUAAUAUUAUCAUAAUGUUUAUGUAUGCCUAUUAAAGCUGUUAGGGUAUGCUAGGAUGUUAAGGUAUACUUACAUGCUGCCUAUGAAUGUUUUAUGUAGAUGCAGUGAAUACUCUGCCAAAGCAUUAUAAAGACAUUAUGAAGAUGCAGUCAAUGUAAAGUGUUACUCAGUAUUGUGAUGAAGGCAGUAAUGGGCUGCAGAAUGGCAACUCGGCUGCUAAUUGCAUUUAUAAUUCAGAGUUAAUAUAAGCUAAAGGAAAACUUGCUGUGAUCAGGUUUAAACCUGUUAAGUGCUUAUAUUGUCUUCCGUUUGGGGUGUUGCAUGUCAACAGUGGUGUUGAAUUGAAGAAUGCAGUUAAGGGGUUCUAAAUGGAGCAAAUGUGGAAUGUAACAUGGAUGAUGGAACGUAACCAUGAAAUAAACAAGGUGUGAUGUGCA